AUGGCCAGUGCAAACGUCAGUGAAGGGGAACCGGACAUAACGUCCUUGACAGAUUACAUAUUGAUGCUAGAUGCUGUGUCUGGCUACGAACGACAGUUGACGUCCCUGGUUAUUCAGAGGGAGGUUGAGAGUGACGAGGACUGUGACACUACAACUGCUGAGCCCACUUCCACAACUGCAGAGUCAUCAACAGAAUCUAGUACAGUUAUUGAGACUAGUACAACUCCAGAGGCUACUACUUCUACUAUCUCCGCGAGCCCUGAAGCUACCACAGUAUCUACAACAGUACCAUCUACAGGUGAAAAUACAUCUAUAAUACCUGAGACUACAACAGUAGCAUCCUCAUCGGAAACUACAACUCCUGAGUCUACAAUAAUAACAUCCACAGCUGAAAUUUCAUCGAAGACAACAGCAAGUGAAACUACAUCUAUAGCACCUGAGACUACAACAGUAACAUCAUCACCUGGAUCAACGGCCACAAAACCUGAAACUACAACAGAAACGUCCACACCGGAAACUACAACCGCAGCCCUUGAGACUACAUCAGAAAUAUCCACACCUGAAUCUACAACUUCUGUGGCAAUAUUAACAACCACGACCGAAGCUACAAGUGAAUUACCAACACCUGAAUCCACAACCACAACAAUCCCGACCACUCCUCCGUCAGUCGAGGAAGAAAUCGACAUUGUGGAAAAGGAAAAGGAAGAAGCGCUCAUCGAGAUUAUGCAGUCAACUGGCACCGAGGACUGUGGUAACGAGACGAGCGAAUUCAGUCAGAGUGUUGUUAUUGAAAACGACGUUGGUGUGGACGAGCUAAAGGAAGCUUUAUAUAGGUUGAAGGAAAGUGAGCCAAGUUAUUACAUCAUGGAAACUAUCCAUUCUCAGAUUCCUUCUCGUUCCGAUAAUAUUUCCUGGUACUACAUGGAUGAUCACGAAAUUGUUUGGGUUGAUAAUAAGGAGUUCGAGAGUGACGUCCACAUCGGUUUUGGCUUGGUCAUCGUGCUCCCCUUCCUCGGACUCGAUGGUCAGGUUUCGUUUAUUGUCCUCGUGAGAAGCUUCGUUGACAAACCUGCCAGCCCCAUCGUGCAGAUAUACCAAAGCUAUAUUGAUCAAAGCGCCUGUGGAUGCAUUGAUGGAGACGGAGCAGAAAAUGCUACUCAUGGUCAUGGCGCAGUAAUUGCAAUACAGCAUUUUAUUUCGAACUCCAACUAUAGCUUAGAGGAAACCGACUUAGAGGCAAUGACGGAUUACAUCGAAAUGUUAGAGGCUGUACCCGCACACCAGCGUACGGUUGCAGAGCUGACAGUUGUAAAUGAAUUCGAAGGAGAGGAUUGUGAAACAACAACCGUGCCAACAACCACGGAAUCUACAAUAACAACUUCAGAGGCUACGAUAGCUUCAACAACUACUGAGUCUACCACACCUGAAACUACUUCUCCCACAACAUAUGAAACUAGUACAGUUUCAACAUCUAUAACUCCUAAAAUAAACACAACUACAACUCCUGAACCAACACUAUCUACAACUUCUGAAGCAACCACUUCUGCAACUCCUGAGGAAACUACAUCUAUAACUCCUGAACCAACCACAUCUGUAACUCCUGAAACAACCACAUCUAAAGCUGAAGCAACCACAUCUAUAACUCCAGAAGCAUCUGUAUCUCCUGAAACAACCACAACCAUAACUCCUCAAACAACAACAACAGUAACUCCUGCAACAACUAAGACUUCGACAGCUGAAACAACAGAGACCAUUCCUACAGAAACAUCCACCUUUACCACAGUUACUGACGCUCCCGCACCUCCACCCGUUCCAGACACUGACAAGAGCGAAAGCAUCUUACAAGUAUCCCAGAUAAAUGAGGAAGUGGAUUGUGACAACACUUCAAAUGAGAUCAUACAGAGUGUUGAAAUCACAAAUGAAGUUGAUAAGGAUGAUCUCCUGGAGGCAUUUCAUAGGUAA